AUGACAUUUAUAUCCAAUGUGAUGCACAUAAACUCUGAUCUGUUUCAGCUGUUCGCAGAGCGAGCGCAUCACAGCAUUGAGCAUCCACAAGACAGUUCUACCUUUGAAAAUAUGUCAGACAAAACCAAAGAUACUCGAAUUAACAUAACUUCCAAUCCUAUCUCGUCAGAUUUAUCUUCAUCAGAGAGGAGUAGUUCUCGUUCAAGACCACAUCGCCAUCGCUUGUUACACAAAAAUGGCAAAGUAAAUUUGCGGCCCUACAGAGUUCCGCUGAAGAAAGAACGCUUUUUGGCAGAUUUCUUCACAUCUAUAAUUGACGCUAAGUGGCGAUGGGUCAUAGCGAUUUACUCAGCUGGUUUCAUCUUCAGCUGGUCGUUUUUCGGCACAGCCUGGUUUGCGAUUUUCUGGCUCCGUUUGCACUACGAUAAUGGGACCGUUUGUGUGGACAAUGUAGAUUCUUGGACAUCGGCUUUCUUGUUCUCAGUGGAAACUCAAACUACCAUUGGUUAUGGUGGACGACAGGUAUUAUUUUCUUCUUUUGUGUACUUUUUUUCAGUUUCGCUGUCCUCUAAAGGCACAUCAAAAUUCUGAGGCUGCAACACUUACGUCAAUUUCAAUGAUUAAUCAGUACUGCAAAGGUGAGCGAAGGGUAAGCGUCGGAAUUGAAAAAUACUAUCUGUUGCGGUAAUAGAAAACGGAAGAAGAAAUGACUGACUAAUCAUUCAAAAAGUUUAGAACACCUUGCCUAGGUUCUUUUAAAUCUAAAAAACCCCUAAAAUGCUCUUAAUUAGACAAAUGUUAAAUUCAUCACGCGACCCUCGAAAUUGUUUUUUAGGUCGUAAAACUACGCAAACAGGUUUUAUUACAGGACUCCAACUAAUCAUAGUGAAAAACUGACUGAUAAAAGAGUACAGCAGGUUUGAGAUCCUCUUAUAUAAUACGCGACGUGACUCCUGACUAAUAAUGAUCAGCUUUUGUUGACUUCAUACAAGCUUGGGAGCUCUAUGGAAUAUUGGAUAAGCAAUCAAAAUGACGUUUCUAAUGAGUAGUAUAACUUGAUACUGGUUGUCGAGAGAAACAUUCCGAGACAAAACCACGUCUCUCGUUGAUGAAGGACAAGAUAAUUAUUCGGUAAACUCUAAAUUAGUGGAAAUUAGGAAAAAUAAAGGAAGACUUGAUAUUUAAAGAGUUUUUACUUUUUCAUGUCGCCUGUGAUUGAUUAGAAUUUUGAAAGCUAAAGACUGUUCAGAGCUAACUUUAAAAAAAAAUUACCGGUUUACUUGUUGUGGCUAGGACAUAGAAAUAUUGGAAGUGUGAAAGCUUUUAGAUAAGAAAUGCGUGUAUUGUAAUUCUAUGCACAAACCAAUACUGACCGGCUUGAGGUACUUUUAGCAAUCAAAAAGGGGGGAUGGUAUCCUCUGACGAAGACAUUUAACUUUAUUUGGUGUUAAGAGACAAUUCUGACUGAUUAACUUUCUAGAGAACAAAAGUCAUAUCAAGUACGAAUAUACUGAGUAAAAUAAAAGAGGCUAGUGUCUCUAUAUUGAAAUACAAAGAUGCGUAAUGACGUCAAUAACUUCUUAUCGUGACGAUUCUCAGCAAUGUAAAAUAUUGCUUUGACAAAAAAGCCUCUUUCAACCAAUAAAUUUGCCUCACUAUUGGAGCACAGUUUAAUGAAGACUUUGUUUCCUUGCUAAGGAGCAUAUAAGUUACCUAGUUAUUGUGAGAACUUUGGUAAUUGCGUUAAAAUUAGCCUUCUGAGGCUCUUGGUAAGUUACUUGACGCGUUUACUAGUAUUGCACACAAUCGAGGGCUAAUAUAAAGCGGCAGGAGAAACUGUUUUUUUUAAGGGUAAGACGUGCUGCGGUUUUUUUUUUGUUGUUACUCUCGCUGUUGUGAGCCGGGAAAUUUCGCGAGGUAAAUUGAUUUCCAGCUUCAAAAGUUAAACGCUCUCAGCCGUCAGAUUUUUGCUGAAAUUUCACUCUUUAACUAACUUGUAUACUUACUGCGUAAGCAGACUCUGUUAAACACAAGCAUAGCUAGCCUAUUGACAAUUUAGGUGGAGCAGUUUUUCCAGUACUCUAAUGAGGAAAUUUCGUCUUCUUAGACCGUUCCGUUCACGGACGUCUCUGAAAAGUCAAAGAAGCUUAGUUUUGCGCGUCUAACCUUUUCCUAUAAGAAAUCGGGAGAGGAUGCUGAUCACAAUACUUUUUGUCGACAUGCUGGUCACAACACUCUCCGAACACAUCAAUGGGGUCGGAUCGACUGACACCAAGAAAUGGAAAUUUGGCUAACUUGAAUGCUUCAUACGUAGCGAAAUACGACGGAACAUGUGUGAACUUAAUUUUCUAUUGCUGACCAACUGACUGGCAAUAAAUAAAGAUUUUUAACUCCAGUCCUAUUUCGCCGAAUUUUAAACUGUAUUGACAUAAUGAUUAGCUGGGAGCAAUAAACUAAACACUGAUUUUAUUUUUCCGCCGAAGUCAAGCUUGUAGUUGUGGCUCUUACUAACCGAGAUUAGACAAGCUGACCCUCUUCUAUCUUAUUUGAAUUUUUCAGCGGAUGCAAAAAAAAGUGUUCAUCAUUAAUUUUUUUCUUUUACCGCAGAUAACCCCACAAUGCCCUGAGGCCGUGAUUUGUCUUCUGCUCCAGUCUCUCACCGGCUUUCUUUUGUCUACGUCACUGCUUGGCCUCGUUUUCGCCAAACUUUCCCGACCUCGUCCGAGGGGCCAAACGGUCAUUUUCUCGAAGCACGCAGUCGUGGCGCCAUACGAUGGACUCUUGUCGUUGAUGUUUCGGGUCGGCGACGCGCGCAAGAGCCAAUUGUUAGAUGUGGCAAUAUCUCUUCACUGCUUUUGCUUUCGGACCACAAAGACUGGGGAGGAAAUUUUAUUCUCCCAAACGGAACUUCCCAUCACAACUGAGCAUGGGAGCGAGGUCGGCGAACUCAUCAAACCGUUUCUGUUACUUCCCUUGACAGUAGUGCAUGUCAUUGACGAGCGCAGUCCGCUGUACGAGCUUGGGCCGCAAGAGCUUGCGAAUUCCCGUAUGGAAUUCAUUGCUGUCUUAGAGGGCGUUGUGGAAUCAACGAGCAUGGUUACCCAGGCAAAGACUUCAUUCUUAGCAGAUGAAAUUCGUUGGGGUCGGCGGUUUCUCCCAAUCUCUCUGCAUCGUGAUAACAGAACAGACCUAUCGUCUUUUGAUACAACAUAUAAAGUGAAAACACCUCAAACGUCACCCAAGGAAUAUGAGAGAUCAAACCGAAAAAAGAUAAAACAUCAAGAAUAUGAGAAUACGGCGACAGAAAAGACAGAGGUGGAAACUGAAAAUGGCGACUGUCAUGUGAGUGUUGAGCCAAUUAACGGUUCAUCGACCGUGAGUUCAACCACCUAUUGUCAGAAAAACUGUAACGGCGACGUCGCUCAGACAUAAGAUGUACAGAUGCCCGUAAAGCAGGACAUUUGCGGAGAACGCUGGUCCAGUCUAAGAAAAGACUUGAUCGAAGCCGCAUUGGAGGUCUUAAGAGUUAAUAGCGUUAACUCUUUUUCAAUCACUAUUCCGUCAGGAAUAUCCAAAGGAGGCUCAGCAAAGGAGAGAGAGGCAACCCAGGAGUGAACGAAAAAUUGCAGAAGGUCAAUUGUCGCUCCUGGAAAAAGAUGUUUCCCGCUUCAAUGACUGCUUAAAAAAUCCCUCUCGUCAAAAUGUUGUUAAACGAAGGAUAUAGAAAAACUGAUAAAAAUUAAAAAAAAGAAAGAACGAAAAGAAAAAAAGGAAAAGCUUGGAAAAUCUUAUGUGAUAGUAGUGAUUAACACGGAGAAAUUGGCUUACUGUUUAACCCUUAACCCUGUUUAACUCCCACGUCAAACUUGUAAUUCUUCUUACUGUCAACAAUAUGAUUCUUGUAUUGUUAGUUCAGAGAAUUUAGUAUUGGAUCAACUAAUUAUCCUCAUAUUGACAUUUUUCUUUAUUCUCAUCACUUAUCUGAUUGAUAUUGUGUUGAUAUUGUAAGGAGAAAUUCUGUCUUGGUCAGCCAUGGGAGUUAAAGGAUUAAAGAACAAGCAACGUAUUCAAGUAUUUAAUCUGAAAUUUUGUAAAUAAAAUUGCCUUGUAUUAUUGAAGUGAUCUGCUUUCAUUUCUAAACCAUUCUUUUUUAGUAAAAGAAAUUUUUUACUCUUUAUAUUGAAAUUGUAUGAACAAAUUUUGUUGUUUAUUUCUGGAGUAAAUAUUUUCUGAUUUGAGUGAUUAAUUUUUGUUUCGAGACGAUUUAAGCAAUCCUCAAUUCUGAUGUAAACUCUUGUUGUUAGCCGUUUAUAUAUCUUACCUGGAAUGUUUGAAAAACUAUAAUAAACAUCAAUAAAAGAUUUCAGUUGACCAG